AUGACGGAUCUGAAUGCGACCGAGAACGAAAGGGAAGCAAACCCGAGUGCUUCCGACGUAUUACGAGCUGCUGCACAUCAGUUAAUUGAUGACCUUGUGCAGAAUCCCACGGGUCGCCAGCGUAAUUUCAAUGAAGGGGGUUGUACUGUUGAGCAAUUCAAUCUGGCGUACGCCACAUUCAAGCUUACUGGGGAAGCGAAGAGGUGGUGGAUCUCUGAAAGAUCUAUCAGGGAAGCAGAGGGGACAGAGAUAGGGACAAUGACGGUACAUCAGUAUGCUGCUAAGUUUACUGAGUUAUCCCGUUUUGCUACUUAUUUGAUUCCCGAUGAAGAAAAGAAGGCACGCAAAUUUGAGCAAGGACUGAAUGAGAAACUGUAUGUGCGUGUGGUGGGCUUCCAGAUUCGGAACUUCUUAGAAUUGGUGGAUAAAGCAACAGUUUUUGAAAGAACCCUUCAAAGAAGCGUUGCAAUGCAUGAACAGAGGAAAAGGACUACUCCUACUGGGUACCAGUCUGGCAUGGAUCAGGGACCAUGGAAAAAGAGGAAUGAGGGUAGUAGUUCAGGAAAAAGGCUGGUUCAGAGUAAUCAACAGCCCUACCAGUGUAGGACAUGCAAUCAAGUGCACUCCGGAGAGUGCAGAAAAGGGGUGGGAUUGUGUUUUCGUUGUGGCAAAACAGGACACUACAUCAGGGAUUGCCCAAUGCAAAAUAGGAGCAACCAGACAUUCAUACCGCCACCUCAGAGGAAUGAAGUAUCGGCCCGGGGCAGCAAUCAACGUCCUACUGCGCCUGCUCGAGUCUUUGCACUAACACCUGGAGAAGUUGAGGGUAGGAAUGACGUGAUCACUGGUAUGACUCUUUGGUUUUACUUCAAGGAUUUAUAG